GAGAGAAUGAAUUCCUCUUCCUAUGUUUUCUCAUUUCACUUCCUCUUCUGCUCACCUCCAUAGCUGACCUCCAUUAACAUGGUAUCAAAGUUCCGGUGACAUUACCUAGUUUAGCAAUUAGGAGAAGCUAGGUGUGAAGAGAAGUAAGUGGAGAAUUCUCACAAAUUGAGCUCGUAUUCAAAUAUGUGAUCUAAGGCGAUUGUUCCUCUUUGAAAAGAUCUCGAUUCACUGUAAAACUUCAAUCUCAAUUGUCGUUUUUGGAAGAUCUGUUAUUUGAUUACUGUAAUGACUAUCGAGGAAAACGCAUCCUCUGCCCAGCCACUCCAACACUACACGAUCAAAAUAUAGACCUAGUUCAUCACAAUCACCCUCUCUAUAUUCAUUUGUUUGAUACACAAGGUGCAGUUCUUAUUUCAAUUCAACUUCGAGGUUCUAAAAAUUAUUAAUUGUGGAGUCGAUCUAUGAAAAUUAUAUUGCAUGGUAAAAACAAACUAGAUUUUGUGUUAGGAACUUGUAGAAAAUACAUGUUUGAUCCUAACUUACAUGAGCUAUGGGAUAUGUGUAAUGUUAUUGUGCUGGCCGAGAUAAUGAACACUAUGGCCACAAAUUUACUUAGUUCUGUAAUAUAUGCUUAUGAUGCUCACAAGGUUUGGGAAGAACUUCGCGAGUGGUUUAAUAAGGUCAAUGAAUAUGAGGCUUUAGUUCCUCCUCCCUCGUGUGGCUGUCCAGAACCUAAACAAAAUGUAGAACAUUACCAGUUUCAAAAGUUGUAUUAGUUUCCUACUAGGCUAAAUGAUUCUUUUGAUAAUGCUAAGGAUCAGAUUCUUAUGACUAGACCAGUACCUAAUAUAAAUCAAGCAUAUACAAUGAUCAUUAAUAUGGAAUGUCAGAGAAGAAACAAUGCUAUUGUUGGUGUUGGUGAUCCUACAGCUCUGCUGAGUAACAGAGCCCCUACUAGUAUUUACAAUCGUGGUUAUAAGCCCAAAAAUAACUUUGAAAAAUCAUCUCUUCAAUGUGACUUCUGUCAUCUUAAAGGUCACACCAUAAAUAAUUGUUAUAAGCUUCAUGGUUAUCCCAAUGAUUUUAGAGGCAAGAAAGUAGAGGGAGGUACUCCUGAUUCCAAAGGUACAUAUGCCCACAAUGCUAGCUUAACAUCUGAUUCACCUAACCAACAAGUAGACAUUUCUAAUGUGAUUCUAUCACAUGUUUCAGCAGGUGGUGGUUCUUCAGCAACAACAAGUGCCCCUUCAGCACCUCUCUUCAAUCAGGAUCAAUAUAAUCAGAUCCUACAGAUGCUGAACAAAGGAGCUCUUCACUACGAAUGUGAUGGGGAUCGGUAAAAAGGAGCACGGUCUCUACAUUUUGAAGCACAAGGAACAAGAUGAUCUCAUGCAGUUGUUAGAUCUUAGGCCAGUUCAUUCUAUUCCUCUUGUAAAUACCAUUGUUAGUGAGCCCAAAGCAAAUAAUGCUAGUGCAGUAAAUAAGAAUUCUACUGAAAAUCUAGAUGAUAUUGUCUUGUGGCAUAAGAGGUUAGGUAAUGUACCUUUAAGAGUUCUGAAGAAGAUAGAAAAUUUGCCUAAUACUCAGUUAAAGGAGCAUUUAUGUAUAGUGUGUCAUGUUGCUAAGUAAAUCAGAAAUCCUUUUU